AAGCGCAACCUACACGUGGCGAUCCUUCCGUCCUCGGUUACCUCCACCCAAAGGACCAAAACAAAACGAAACAAAACCCAACCCAGCGAACUAACCGAAAAGAAGCCGAACCCCCCCACUUUAUACGCACCUCUCUCUGCAUCAGCGUCGGUAUAUCUUAUCGCUUGCCACGAAAUCGCCAUUUUUUCCGGUGAGCCAGUCGCCGGAAAACGGCCCUCCGCUCACUCUCUAAAGCUCCUCCCCCCAUCCGGGAUGCUUCCCAUUUCCGAUCAGCCCCCGCCGGAACCGCACAAGAAGAAGACCGCCUCCGACCCGUUACUCGUCCGCAGGAACUCGUUCAACUCGCUCGCCUCGGCGCUCCAGCCCUACCUGUCCCUCCACAACCCCCGCACAUGUCUCUUCCUCGCCAUCGUCUCCCUCCAGAUCUUGAUCCUCCUCGUGGCUCGCUCCGUCCCCCUCCCGCCCUCCUUCCGCCACGCCCGCCGCCACUUCCCGGCGCCCAUCACCGCCGCCGCUCGGCUCCCGUCCUCCUCCUCCUCCGCCGCCGCCGCCGCCGCAGCCUCGCCGACUGAUCCUCCGUCCGCGGACCACGACCAAUGCGGCUCAGGGAAAAUUUACGUGUACGAGGUCCCGAGUUUCUUCAACGCGGAGAUUCUCAAGCAGUGCGACAACUUGAAUCCUUGGAGCUCGCGAUGCGACGCGCUGGCCAACCGAGGGUUCGGGCAACCCGCCGCCGGGCGGUUGGCCGGGAUCGUGCCGGAGAAGCUGGCGCCGGCGUGGUUCUGGACUGACCAGUUCGUCUCGGAGAUACUCUUCCACAACCGGAUGCUGAAGCACCCGUGCCGGACGACGGAGCCCGGAUCGGCUGCGGCGUUCUACAUCCCGUUCUACGCUGGGCUCGCGGUGGGCAAGUACCUGUGGUCGAAUUCCAGCGCCAAGGAGCGCGAUCGCCACUGCGAGAUGAUGCUGCGGUGGGUCCAGGAUCAGGCGCCUUACAAGAGAUCCAACGGCUGGGAUCACUUCAUCACGAUGGGGCGCAUCACGUGGGAUUUCCGCCGGUCCAAGGACCAGGACUGGGGCUCCAGCUGCAUCUACACGCCGGGGAUGCGGAACAUCACCCGCCUCGUGAUCGAGCGCAACUCCUGGGACUACUUCGACGUCGGCGUGCCCUACCCCACCGGAUUCCACCCCCGGUCCGACGCCGACGUGGCGGAGUGGCAGGACUUCGUCCGCGCGCGGCCGCGGCCGGCCCUGUUCUGCUUCGCGGGGGCCAAGCGCGGCGCGAUCAGGAACGAUUUCCGGGGCAUCCUGCUGAGCCAGUGUCGCGCCGAGCCGGACGCGUGCCGGGCCGUGGACUGCGGCGGGUCGCGGUGCGCCAACGGCACCACCGAGAUCCUGGAGACCUUCCUGGGCUCCAAGUUCUGCCUCCAGCCCAGGGGGGACAGCUUCACCCGCCGCUCCAUCUUCGACUGCAUGGUGGCCGGCUCGAUCCCGGUCUUCUUCUGGAAGCGGACCGCGUACUACCAGUACGAGUGGUUCUUGCCGGCCGAACCGGGGAGCUACUCGGUCUUCAUAGACCGGAAGGCGGUGGAGAACGGGACGUCCAUCAGGAAAGUCCUCGAGAGGUACAGCGAGGAGGACGUGCGCAGGAUGAGAGAAAAAGUGAUCGAGUACAUACCCAAGUUCCUGUACGCGAUGCCGGAAGAUGGGUUGGAGAGCGUGAAGGACGCCUUCGAUGUGGCCAUCGACGGGGUUUUGAGGAGGUUUAAGGAGCAAGAAGAGUGGGGUUUUAAGUGGAGGUGAGUUGCUGUUACUUAGCGACAAUAAAGAGGUGAUGAGGGGAAGUACAUACAUACGUAUCCGAGGUAUGCAAAGGAUUUCUCGAAGCCCGCUUCGCGAUUGUUACUAGGAUUAGAUUAUUAGAUUAUAGAGAUUUUUAUAACCGAUCAUAUUCAAAGAUUUUCAACCGGGUUCUUCGGCUCGCGUUUCAUUCUUUUUGUUUUCUUCUGCAGCGAAGUGCGAAAGUGACCUCCUUUCCUUUCGUGUAUUCUUUUCUUCUUUUUUCCUGUCAAGUUUGCUUUUUUCUCAGGCUACUGUAUACUUUUAGCCGAAUGUUGUAGAGAAUAAAAUGAAAACUUGGGCGAUGCGAUGCUAUGCAGCCUCGGUUGUUGAUGAAUUCA